UUUAGGCAUCGGGUAUAUUCGCGAAGCCAAAGGUCAGUGAUGCCAAAAUUUAAAAAUAAAAAAAUUAAUUACGAAAAAUAUUAUAAGCCGCAUUACAUCGCGACUCAUCUAGUACUACAAUUUUAGGCUUCUUAUUCUAAAACACAGUGCACGUCUCUGCCCAAUUGAAAAACCCAUCGACACCUCUCCAGCCCGCUCAACUAUCCCGCGCUUACCUUUUCCGCUCAUCACUCUAUCGCGCUCUCCUUCUAUCUUCAAUUGAAAGCUUCUCCAUCACGCGUUUCUGCACAGCAUCUUCUCCAUUAUUGAAGUUGGAUUGAAAGCUUGAAGUCAUUGCCCAUUUGUUGUCCUAAAAUUUUCAGGUCUAUUUAAGGAGGUUAAUACAUGGAUCGUGAAACAUGGAUGUACAAUGUCUUACGUACCUCUGACGAGUAUGUUAAAGGUGUAAAUGAAUUUAUUACAUGUGCCUCUGAACAUCACGAAAAAAGGUCCCGAGAACAAGGAAAAAGAGAUUUGAUCGUAUGUCCGUGUUAUCAAUGUGGCAAUUUGAAAAAGUUUCCUAGCGUUGAGACAUUGCGUGAUCAUCUCUUUCGUCAUGGUUUUAAGAAAGGUUAUACAAAUUGGUUCUGGCAUGGUGAAGGAAUAGACUCCAGAAAGUCCUUUAAUGAUGAAAAUGAUGCAAAUAACAUGGCUACCAAUGACGAGGAUGAUGACGAGGACGUUGACAGGAUAGAUGAAAUGCUACAAGAUGUGGAAGACCAUUUGAUGCAUCGACCUGACAUUCUUGACAACCUGGUUAAUGAUUCAAAAAAACCUCUAUAUCCAGGUUGUAAAGAGGAGUUAACGAAGUUGUCGACAACAUUGAAGUUGUGCAAGCUAAAGGUAAAGCACGGGUGGACAGACAAGAGUUUCACAGAAUUGUUAAAAUUUCUAGGUGAAAUACUUCCGCAUAAUAAUGAGCUUCCCAGUUCCACGUACGAGGCCAAGAAGAUUUUAUGUCCUAUGGGUAUGGAUGUAAAUAGGAUACAUGCUUGUCCUAAUGAUUGUGUCUUAUUUAGAAAUGAGUAUGAAUAUUUACACACUUGUCCUAAAUGUGGAGCAUCCCGAUACAAGCGAGAGGGGGACAACACUGUGAAGGAUGAAAAAAGAAGUGCUCCAGCAAAGGUGAUGUGGUACUUGCCUAUAGUGUCAAGAUUCAAACGUCUCUUUGUCAAUAAAAAAGAUGCACAACGUUUGAGGUGGCAUGCAGACGGAAGAAAAGUAGAUGGGAUGCUAAGACAUCCAGCAGACUCUCCACAGUGGAGAACUGUUGAUGGGAAGUUCCCUGAAUUUGGAGCGGAUUCUAGAAAUCUACGGCUUGGACUUUGUGCAGAUGGCAUGAGCCCGUACCGCACUUUGAGUUGUCAACAUAGCACUUGGCCUGUUCUUUUGACGAUUUAUAAUUUGCCUCCUUGGUUGUGCAUGAAACGCAAGUACAUGAUGUUGGCUUCGCUAAUAUCAGGACCUAAAGAACCCGAGAAUAACAUAGAUACUUAUCUUCAACCACUUAUUGAUGAUUUAAAGUUAUUGUGGGAAGAAGGCGUGAUGGUAUAUGAUGCAUACAGUGAAGUGAAUUUUAAUUUGCGUGCCAUGAUAUUUUGUACCACAAGUGAUUUUCCAGCCUAUGGAAAUCUUUCAGGGUACAGUACUAAAGGUGCCAAAGCAUGCCCAAUCUGUGAAGAUGCUACAAUUGACAUUCGUCUGAAACAUUGCAAGAAAAAUGUGUAUAUGGGCCACCGAACAUUUCUUCCGCCUGAUCAUCCUUAUCGUAAAAAGAAAAAGGAGUUCGAUGGACAUAUUGAGACUAGGGUGGCUCGUUUACCUCUUACUGGUAAAGAGGUUUAUGAGCGGGUUAAAGACAUUAAUGUUGAACUUGGGAAGCUAUAUAAAAGGCCCGGGGAGAAGAGUAUUUGGAAGAAAAGAUCUAUAUUUUGGGAUCUUCCGUAUUGGGAACACUUGCAAGUUAGACACUGCCUCGAUUUUAUGCAUAUUGAAAAGAAUGUUUGUGAAAGUCUCAUCGGGACGUUGUUGAAUAUUCCUGGCAAGACAAAGGAUGGGAUCAAAGCUAGACUAGACAUGAAAGAAAUGGGAAUACGGAAAGAGCUAGAACCACAAGAGUCGACACAUCGUACAUAUCUGCCUCUAGCUUGUUAUACUUUGAGUAGAAAAGAGAAAAUUAGUUUUUGCAAGUGUUUGUCAAGUGUGAAAGUUCCCCAUGGAUAUUCUUCAAACAUAAAGGGCUUGGUGUCGAUGAAAGAUUUGAAAUUAGUGGGUAUGAAGUCACAUGAUUGUCAUGUGCUAAUGCAACAGUUAUUGCCAAUUGCAAUCCGAGGUAUUUUACCAAAAGAAGUAAGAUUUGUUAUUACGAGACUUUGCUUCUUCUUCAAUGCCAUAAGCAGCAAGGUGAUUGACCCUAGCACAUUGGAUAAAUUACAAGCCGAUGUUAUUGUGACACUUUGUCAAUUUGAGAUGUAUUUUCCAUCUUCAUUCUUUGACAUCAUGGUGCAUCUCGUUAUUCAUUUAUCGAGGGAGGUUAAAUUAUGCGGCCCAUUAUAUUUGCAUUAUAUGUAUUCUUUUGAGAGAUACUUGUGUAUCUUGAAAGGAUAUGUGAGGAAUCGAUCACGACCAGAAGGUAGUAUAGUUGAGGGGUAUUCUGUUGAAGAGGCUAUUGAAUUUUGCACUGAUUAUUUAGGAUCUGUUGAUCCUAUUGGGAUUCCUUUGUCUCGACACGAGGGAAGACUUGAAGGGCAUGGUACAUUAGGACUUAAAAUAAUUUCUCCUUGUGCCGAACUACGAAAUAGAGCCCAUUUAUUUGUCCUACAACACAUGACUGAAGUUCAGCCUUACUUAGAGGAACACCAAGCCCAAAUUUGGCAAAAGAAUCCUUCAAAAAGUGGAAAGUGGAACACAAAUGAGCACAAAUUCCAAUGUUAGAUC